AUGAACUUUUUAGGCAGUAGCUGUGCGCGGUAUGGAGGUGUUACAUUUUGGGCUUCCCCGUGCUGCCGUGAUGUUAUUAAGUCUGCUCAACUGUUGAGUGCUAACAAGAUCCUGGUCAAAUCAAAUGAAGCCAAAGAGAUAAAUGUAGAAAAACUUCCGUUAAAACCAUGUUCAAGUAACCUACGUGUAUCAUUUGGACCAACAAUAUGGACACAAGUAAGAUUUUGCAAAGAUUAUCCGCGUUUGCACCGUGACAUUGAGUUUCCCAAUUUUGACAAAUAUAGGAAAAAUGCGUACAAGGAUGUUCGAAAAACUUCUUGGGGGGUAGGUGACGAUAAACCAGGAUACAUAUACGUAAUAGGACUUUUCGGUUUACUGGCUGGAGCUUACGGCACGAAGGCUCAUCUGAUUCACUAUGUAGCAUUCAUGGAUGCACCGGCAGACGUGAUAGCUCUUGCUAGCAUUGAAGUAGAUAUAUCUAAAGUGGAACCUGGAACUUGUUUGACGAUCAAAUGGCGAGGAAAACCAUUAUUCAUCAAAAACAGAACUUCUGCAGAUAUUGCCACCGAAAAAGCAACGGCAUUGUCUUCGUUACGAGACCCUGAAACUGAAGAACAACGAACACAAAAAAACGAAUGGCUAGUCGUAGUCGGUAUUUGCACUCACUUGGGUUGUGUACCUAUCCCCAACAGUGGCGAUUGGCCCGGAGGAUUCUAUUGUCCUUGCCAUGGCAGUCAUUUUGAUAAUUUGGGAAGAGCAAGGAAAGGUCCAGCACCAAAGAAUUUAGAAAUUCCACCUUACAAAUUUAUUACCGACACCCUUAUCAAUGUAGGUUAG